UACGCGCUCCGAGAGGCGUGGUAUCGGUCAAGCGCGGUGGCUUGAUGGUUAGCCACGACCGUCGUCGGCACGGUGUCUGUGUUUCGCCGGGAUAAGCGGUCGUCGCGGAGGCCGGAAUCAUGCUCGGACGUCUGCCUGCGUGCGUCAUCGACGUAGGCACAGGGUAUACGAAGUUGGGGUUCGCUGGCAAUAAGGAGCCUCAAUUGACUAUACCAUCAGCGAUUGCGAUCAAAGAAACGGCCAAGGUUGGUGACAAUAAUGCCAGGCGAAUCACAAAGGGCGUGGAAGAUUUGGACGCUUAUAUUGGGGACGAAGCCUUCGAGGCCACCGGAUAUUCAGUUAAAUAUCCUGUGAGACAUGGAUUGGUGGAGGACUGGGACUUGAUGGAGAAGUUCUUGCAGCAAUGCAUUUUUAAAUACCUCAGGUCAGAACCCGAAGAUCACUACUUCUUGCUGACGGAACCGCCACUGAACACGCCGGAAAAUCGCGAGUACACGGCGGAGAUCAUGUUCGAGUCUUUUAACGUACCGGGACUUUACAUAGCUGUGCAGGCUGUUCUCGCCUUGGCAGCUUCAUGGACAGCUAAGAACGUGGAGGACCGCACCUUGACGGGCGUCGUCGUUGACAGUGGAGACGGUGUUACUCACGUGAUUCCAGUAGCGGAGGGUUUCGUCAUAGGCAGUUGUAUAAAGCACAUUCCCAUCGCCGGUCGUGACAUUACCUAUUUUAUACAAAGCUUGUUGAGAGAACGGGAGAUCGGCAUACCACCCGAGCAAUCACUGGAGACGGCGAAGUCGAUCAAAGAGAAAUACUGUUACAUAUGCCCGGAUAUAUCGAAAGAGUUCGCCAAAUACGACAGCGACCCCACGAAGAUCAAGAAGUACGAGGGCGUUAACAGUAUCACGAAGCAACCGUUUGUUGUGGAUGUUGGAUACGAGAGGUUCCUUGGACCGGAAAUAUUCUUUCAUCCGGAAUUUUCCAAUCCGGAUUUUACAACACCGCUUAACGAAAUAGUCGAUGAUGUGAUCCAAAACUGCCCAAUCGAUGUAAGGAGACCGUUAUACAGUAAUAUCGUACUAUCGGGAGGCUCUACCAUGUUCAAGGACUUCGGUAGACGGCUGCAACGCGACAUCAAAAAGAUCGUCGAUACGCGACUGAAGCUCAGCGAGACGCUAAGCGGCAGUCAUAUUACGCCAAAACCGAUAGACGUACGCGUGAUAUCGCAUCACAAGCAGCGCUGCGCGGUGUGGUACGGCGGUGCGUUGUUGGCCAGCGACCCAGAAUUCUACACGGUCUGUCACACGAAGAAGGCUUACCAAGAAUGCGGUCCUGGUAUCUGUCGUUACAAUCCCGUGUUUCAUAGUAUGGUUUAAAAGUAAUAAACAAGAUCAGCACGCCGAUUGAAAUAAUUCCCAGCGAGUGUUGUCAUUCACUAGUGUAAGUCUCUGCCGGGCGAUUUUCUUCCGCCUUCACUUGACGGCCGCGGAAAGCAAUUAAUAAUAAUAAUUCGAGGAUUCCGAAUCGCUUGUAAGAAAGACUUAAUCUCCUGUACUUCUUUUUAUAAAAUUCUACUGGUGUAUUUGAGUUUGGAGUGCGAGUCCACGACGUUGCGCGAAUUAAUGUAACAGCGUUUUAUUCGUAUCUUUUAUAUUCGGUGCAAUGAUCGUUCGCGAUAUAUGAACGAUAUACAUGUAUACAGUGUACAUGAGAUGCAUAUAUAGGAUUUACAGCGUAUUCCAUCUACUGCAAUAUAGAUACUUCCACCAUAUUUCCAACGCGUACACAUAUAUACACGAUAACUUUUGAUGUUACAAUGAUCGCUGAUCGAUUUAAUUGCGUGCACGAUGAUGGCGGUAUUGCCAUACAUAUUCAGAAAUUACUUGACUCUCCACCGAUGAAAACUCCGGAUUUGAUAUCGCAGCCACUUCUUUAUACGUAAAAUUAAAUGAUCCUGAAAUGAUCCCUACUGGAUCACUGCUAUCUGCUAUCAGUUAUUUGUAUGUUCUUAUAUUUCGUAUAUUAUUAAAACUGCACAAUUUCUA